GCCCAGCCCAGCUUGGACGGUAGCAUCCAGGGACCUCCCCAGCGCCAUAAGACUCGGAUGUGCGGAUGUGCCAAGGACACGGAUGGCGUCUGUGGGGCCGCGGACCGGGCCGAACGCAGGAGCCGAGGCGCUGGCCCUGGCAGCAGAGCUCCAGGGCGAGGCGACGUGCUCCAUCUGCCUAGAGUUUUUCCGGGAACCGGUGUCGGUCGAGUGCGGCCACAGCUUCUGUCGCGCCUGCAUCACGCGCUGCUGGGAGCGUCCCGGAGCUGGGACCGGCACGGCGACCCGCACGCUGCCCUGCCCACUGCCCUGCCCUCAGUGCCGAGAGCCCGCGCGCCCCAGCCAGCUGCGACCCAAUCGACAGCUGGCUGCGGUGGCCUCGCUCCUCCGGCGCUUCAGCCUGCCCCCCACCGUCCCCGGGGAGCGCGGGACCCCAGCGGUGGCUGCCCGGGCGGCCGCUGCGCGCUGCUCCCAACACGGAGAGCAACUUAAGCUCUACUGCCAAGACGACGGCCGCGCCAUUUGCGUGGUGUGCGACCGCGCCCGCGAGCACCGUUCGCACGCUGUGCUGCCGCUGGAGGAGGCGGUGCAGGAGGCCAAGGAGCUGCUGGAUUCCAGGCUGAGGGCCUUGAAGAAAGUACUGGAAGAUUAUGAAGCGUUCCGGUCAACAGAGGAGAGGGAGAGCAAAGAUCUUCUAAAGCAGAUGGAAGCAGAGAAGGAGAAGGUAGGUGCGGAGUUCCAAGCACUCCGAGCCUUCCUGGUAGAGCAGGAGGGCCGGCUCCUCAGCCGACUGGAGGUGCUGUCCCGGGAAGUGACACAGAAGCAGAAUGAGAACCUGGCCCAGCUGGAGGGGGAGAUCACUCAGCUGUCCAAACUCAGCAGCCACAUCCAGGAGACAGCUCAGAAGCCGGACCUAGACUUCCUCCAGGAGUUCAAAAGCACCCUGAGCAAGUGCAGCAGCGUGCCCGGCUCCAAGCCAACCACAGUCGCGUCUGAGAUGAAGAAUAAAGUGUGGAAUGUUUCCCUCAAGAGUUUCGUCUUGAAAGGAUUGCUGAAGAAGUUCAAAGAGGAUCUGCAGGGAGAGCUGGAGAAAGAAGAGAAAGUGGAGCUCACUUUGGACCCGGACACCGCCAACCCCCGCCUCAUCUUGUCCCUGGAUCUUAAGAGCGUACGUCUAGGACAGCGCGCCCAGGACUUGCCUAACCAUCCUCGCCGCUUCGAUACCAACACCCGCGUCCUGGCGUCCUGUGGUUUCUCCUCCGGGCGACAUCACUGGGAGGUGGAAGUGGGCGCCAAGGACGGCUGGGCUUUCGGUGUGGCCCGCGAGAGCGUGCGUCGCAAGGGUCUCACGCCCUUUACCCCCGAGGAGGGCGUCUGGGCAAUGCAACUCAACAAUGGGCAAUACUGGGCGGUGACCAGCCCUGAGAGGACGCAACUCAACUGUGGGCACCUGUCGCGGGUGAGGGUGGCCCUGGACCUUGAGGUGGGAGCCGUGUCCUUUUACGCAGUGGAGGACAUGCGCCACCUCUACACCUUCCGCGUCAACUUUCAGGAGCGAGUGUUCCCCCUUUUCUCUGUUUGCUCUACGGGUACCUACUUGAGAAUCUGGCCUUGAAGAGCUCUGUCGGGCUUCCUAGGAGGGGACAGGGCAGCGGUGACACCGAGGUACUUUAUCUCGGACCGUCCUUCAUACCCCUACUUCAGCUGCCCAAGAAGGCUGCCACAGAGCACAACAUAGGCGCUGAAGACUGACUGAGCAGCGGCGCUGAGGGUAACUAACUGCACAGCAAUGAGAUGUCCUGGACCCUUGGCGCCUGCCGCCUCCUGUACCGAUCCCACAAACUGUGUCUGAACUGUGGAGAGGGGUCGCUCACUGGCAUAAAAGCCCAGCUUUAAACAAGGGUGCUUCCUACCACAAGGGCUUACUGCCUUGAUUCAGAAGGGUCCCUGUUUACCCAGAACCAUGUCAAAGACUGGUACCCUUGCAAAGGGUGUGGUUUGGCCCCUACCCAUCAUGCAUUACCUUACAUUUGUGACAGCUGCAGGCUCUGCUUGGAGAGGUCGUUGAGUCCCCUAGAUCCAGCUGGCCUGGCUGGGUUGUUUAUUCAGGGAGGAGCAUUGUGGAUCCCCAAUUUAGAAGCCAGCCUGGCUGGAGCUGGACGGAGACUCAGGACCUACAUAAGAGGCCAGAACUACAGUAUCCACACAGAAGCACGGUUCUCCCUUUAUGUUCGUCCUUUACACGUUGACUGCCAGUGUGGUCAACAGAUGCCUUAAGCUUUGGCGAAGGAGAUCAGAGGUUCUGGAACUGUGACACACAAGUUGACACUUAGGAGUUUACAGAUGCAGCUAGCACCAAUGUAGAGAUGCACACAGCGCAAGUAGUCCUGACAAACAAUUUCUAGAACUUUCUAAAUCUAUGCAAACACCAGGACAUCCUAGUGGCAAGGACUGCUGGGCAUCCGCCCUGAGAGGGUUGGGCAGGCCAGCCUCUGUAGUAGUCUCUCAACUGGCUAUUGUCCUAUAGAGUCCAUAAAGCUGGGCUUCUGGAAGGGCAGGAGUGGGCUGAUCCCUGCUUAGUGCCCUGCUGGGACGUGGAGAGGAAAUGGAAACACAGAGUGUGAGCACAUUUCCAGGGGUGUCUGGACGCAUUCUCGACCCCAUGGUUUGACUGCACGAGGAUAUGUCUGAGUAUUGGUUUCCGCUAGAAUAAUCCCAAGUGUCAUGUAUUUGGGGUGUAUGAGUUUGUGUGCUUGUAUCUCAGAUUUGGGAUGAAGAUGAUGGAGAGGGCGUUUAUGAGACGCUGUCUGGGUUUAGCUGUUGGAAACAGAUAUCCACGCAAAAACAGUUUCCCACCUACUGUGAAAUCAUGAGGAUCAGAGUUCGGAUCCCAGCACCCGAGAAACAGGCCUUGUAAAAUACCCAGGUCUUCAGCCUGAUGCCCUCUUUUGGUCACUGUAUGCACACCUCAGAGUCUGGACAUGUACAAAAGUAUGUACAUUUACACAGACCAACACAUUAAAAAAAAGAAAACUGCUACAGCUUUCAUUUCAAAGGGAAUAGGGGAUAGUUUAUUCUGGUGUGGGGAUAUGACAGCCAGCCCUAACCAGAGGGCACUGUGUUAUUGCCUGCUCAGUCACAGUCAAUUAAGUGACACGUUCUCUAGAAUGCUCAGAUCCGUGUAAUAAUUUACACACAACUCCUCUGUGAUGGCUAAAGAAACUUAAUAUGGUACCAGGUAUCUCUUCAGGGCCACUGACCUUUGCCCAGGAAUGCCUUGAGAUCCUAGUAGCCUACAGGUGAAAUAAAGAUAGAUAAUGGUGUUCCUAUGUUCUGCUUUUAUAAACUCCAUCAUUGCUGCAGGACUGGGGCACGUGGUCUUUUCAUGACUAUACAACAGGAAUGAGAAACAACUAAGGGGAGAAAAACAAUUUUCUUGCCCAGCUAUGAAUUCCGUAGGUAAUAGUAAUGGGCACCUUUGGCAUCUGCCUUUAUAACCGUUUCCUUUAGCUCCCUCUGGGACGGCUUGCUGUUUGGCUCUAAAGCUGCCCCUCUGCUAGCGGUGAGAAUAAACUCAUUGCAUCUGAA